AAAAGAAUAUCAAGUAACUUAACACUUUUAAAUAUAAAACACUUUAUAAGCGUAUACACAAAUACUUCAGUGAAAGCAUCGAAAUGUAAAUAAUUCUAGAAGUGCUAUCGAUUGAUAUGGAGAGACGUGCAGAAGAGGGAAGACCUCGAGCCCCGGGGCAACAAGAACAAGGAUCGUCGUCUUGGGAGCAGUUUGUAAGAGAGUCUUUGGUACAAGCCGCGUGGCCUGUAGCCCUUGCAGCACCUCCACGAAGAGCUCUCACCGUAGACCACAAUUCGUCAGCAAGCGAGCUCAUCUCACGCCGGGGAGUGUUUUCGAGAAGACAAUAUGGCUCAGUUGAACAGCUUUCUGCUACGAGUGAGGCAAGUGGAUCCUUGGACGCCAUCAUACGUCGAUAUCGACUGGAAAAUGGGAACUCUUUGGGAGAAAAGGAUGAACUCUUCGGACCACCAAGUGCACCAGUUCUUGAAAAUCCAGAGUUUCAGACGCGGUGGUACUUCAAAUACUUUCUUGGAAAGAUGCAUCAGAAUUACAUCGGAGUGGACGGUGCUAGAGAACCCUACCUUCUAAGCGUAGUGCAAGAAGGCGCCGGCCUGCUACGGGCAAUACUUUUUAAUAAAAUGGGAGCGCACAAGAUCUACCUCCCAGCGAGUGCCUGGAGCGCUGGUGGGACUCAAGCACCAACCAGACCAACUUUAAAACAGAUACUGUCCCAAUUCACAGCCAUUGAAAGAAUCGAUAAAAUGCCACGGGAAAUAACGUGCCCGGAACUGCAAAAGGAUGUAUUAUUGCUGGAAGAACAAGAAGGUUCCGUCAAUUUUAAGAUCGGAGUUAUGAUAAUGAAACCGGGACAGAGAACCGAUGACGAAAUGCUUUCCAACGAAAAGGGGAACGAGAAAUGGGAUAGAUUUAUAUCACUUUUAGGAGACAGAAUUCGAUUAAGAGGCUGGAACCGUUUUCGAGGAGGGCUGGAUGUCAAAGGUGACAUGACGGGGAGUCAUUCCAUUUACACGAUGCAUCAGGGGCACGAAAUUAUGUUCCACGUAUCUACAAUGUUACCAAUAUCAAAAGAUAACAAACAACAGUUGGAGCGAAAACGGCACAUCGGGAACGACAUCGUCAACAUCAUAUUUACUGAGGACUCCACUCACAACACCUUCAAUCCUCAAUGCGUGAAAAGUCACUUCACUCAUAUAUUCGCAGUCGUAUCGGAGGUAGAGGGAGAGGGCUACAGGCUGAGCGUGUACACAGACGACACGGUCCCUCCGUUCGGGCCCUCCCUCCCCUGCCCGCCGAUCUUCAACGACCCACAGCUCUUCAGGGAGUUCCUCUUAGUGAAGCUGAUGAAUGGUGAGAAGGCAGCUUUUCAAACCCCGACAUUUGCAUUAAAACGACAAAGGACUCUGGAUACAUUGAUACGGGAUAUUUACGCUGAACACUGCUCCGAUCAUAAAGUGCCCAUGCUAUCCCGGCGGGCGUUGUCAGAUGUGUGGUCGGGAGGUGCGGCAGGAGGCGCUGGCUCCGUUCGUACCGAGCGCUUUCUGCACGUCGGUCAGGCGCUCAAACUGGACGCGGUGCUACGCGGCGAUGCUCCUACCAGUCUCGCUUCUACUGGUUCCGGCGGUGCCCGACGUGCUCCAUGGGAAGGUCGUCUGUGGCGGGCGGCUCCUCUGCCAGCUACGCCGGUGUGCGCGGAGCAGCUCUCUGAAGGUCGACUCUUGCUCUCCACCACCUCCAACACAUACAUUUUAGAAGAAAGUGGAACUACCCGCGUUGUGUUGCGUUGGGAAGGGUGCGUACGAUCAGCGCGCGUGUCCGAGCGGGCGGGACUGUUCCGGGCGGGCGCGCGGGUGUCCGCGGGGGGCGGGUCUACGACGGGGGUUUUAACAGCCUAUGUAAUAAAUACUAUUAUUAUACUAUUAUUUUACUUUCAUUCAUUUUCAGGUGAAGGUGGGAAAACUUUACUAGCUGUAGCAAUAGGAAAACGAAUAUUACUUUUAGUAGAAGAAACGAAGACUGAUAGUGAAAUGGGUUUCGAAUAUACACAUUACAAGGAUAUUCAAUUAAGCGAGACACCAAACUUACUGAAGCUGAUGGAGGCUGAGGUUGGCGUCAUUGUCAUUGGAUACAAACAUCAUUGGGAACUGCUAGAAACCAAUACUGGACAGCCUGUGAAACGUGCUGAAAGUUUCGAAGACAGUGUUUCGCGACGUGGUGCUCUUGUUAACGCUCUACGGAUCGGUGACGAAAGAGAUGGACAGCUACUGCUUUGCUACAAUCAUACUUGUCACUUCGAGAGAUUAACAAGUAAAGGUUUGGAGAGCGACUGCGAAUACGACUUCCACUGGACAACCGUGCCCACUGCUGUUGUUUGUGCGUUUCCGUAUAUAAUGGCGUUCGCUGAAGACUUGUUAGAGAUUCGGCUGGUCGCGAACGGCUCCUUGGUACAUGCUGCCUGCAUUCCAGGACUCAAACUGUUAUGCGGUCGAAAGGAUAUAUUCUACGUGGCGUGCGCCCCGGAGUAUGUACCCUUGAGUAGAGAGAUAGACCCGUCUUUAUCUCUACAUGACAACUACGAGCUUGUACGCCAAAUGAGCAAGAUGAACGCCUACUCAGUGGAAGAUGACGAACAUCCCGAACAAAAAACUGACCAAGCCCAUCUCAAUCGCACACCAGAAAACAACUCCGGUUCAAGUAGAAGUAGUUCAAUAUCAUCAGAGCAGGAGAACAUCAGACCGCCUCUGCAGAGAAUGACGCCCAUAUCUCCACCCACGUCGCCACAAGUGAUACCAGAGAACGCAGGUCGCUGCGUGCGCAUCUACAAGAUACCGCAGAGCAACCUCAGCGCUGCCACCUACCAGCGCCAGUCCGUCUCCACAGACCAAGUCGUGACCUCGUUCUUCUCUGACAGACAGAGCAGCAUUAGACAAAAGCUAGCAGACUUGCGGCUGGACAGCAGAGUAAGCGCUGAUAUGGAAGAUUAUGGCACAACUACACAACACAGCACACGAUAAACUUAGAUCAAAUAUCUAUAGAUAGUGUACAUACUGGCCUUUAACAUAUAAUUUAUACAACUCCCAGAAGUGAGGAAUAUCACUUUAAAAAUAAUAAAAUUGUAUAGAAUUUAUGUUUCAGUAUUAUUAAAUAAAAUUUGAAACGCAAUUAGCAUAGGAUUAUUUGAAAGGGAACAGAUAUAAUUAUUGUUUUAUCACAAGCAGUAACUCCAGUUCCAACUUUCUUUUAUCAGUUUGAUAAAAUCCAACUUUUUUAUGAUAAGUGCGAUAGUUAUCCAAAUGUGAUGAGUUUUUCUUGUGGUGUGUACAGACUACAGAUUGGUGAAAUGUAACAUGAAGCUCAUUGUCGCUCAGCGGGCAAUGGAGAGGGCUAUGCUCGGAGUUUCCCUGCGAGAUCAAAUCGGAAAUAAGGAGAUCCGUAGGAGAACCAGAUGGUUGCGAAAUUGAAGUGGCAGUGGGCAGGGAGGAGAACCCGUGAUUUGUCGGUUUUUCGAACGAACGCAAAGGGGCGUGUUCGCAUGGCAAUGAAAGGUAGAAUGAUACAUGUUACGUUUCACCAGUCUGUACUCACCUUUACAAAUCAUAUGUAGGGAAAGUACGACCUACGUGCAUGCAUUGAUCAAAUCGUGGACGUACGGAAAAGGAGACAGGUCAAGUUUCAAAAAUAAAAAAGCUUGUGUGAAAAAAAACGUUAAUGCAAGUGUAUAAAUGUAACUACCUAGCUUGUCUAACGGAAAUCGGCAAUAUUUUUGCCUCUGGAAAAUUGGUCGUGAUGAUGUUUAAGAUUAAGCGUUCAAAAGACUUAUGACUUUCUUCAUCUUAGUCCAUAAGGAUUGUGGGUUACCAACUGGUGAAUGUUCACAGCAAAUUUUCCGUGCAGUCUGCGACGCCUGUGAAAUUAUAAAAAAAAAUAACUACAUAAUACGUGUUGAUUAGUCAAUUUCAUCAAUCACGUCGAUAUUCGAUCCUGUUAUAAACAGAUAUGUGUAAUAUUGGAAUUCGUCUCUAUGUUUUUGUAUAUGUUUAUCAGUCUUGUUGAAUUAUAAUAUGGGAAACUAACCUACACCAAAAUUGUUUUUGCCCAGAAACCUACCUAUUUAUUGUAAUCUAUAAUAAGAGUUUUUCUUGUAAUAGAGUAUAUUGAAAAAUGAUUUAAAUACUUUAAUUGUAUUUUGUUUUAGAGCUGAUGGUCUUGUUACCAAUGCUCUAAAAUCUAAAUAAAUAGAACAACAACAAAACAGUCUUGUUGACGUAUAGAAUGACAGUCACAAAAUGGCGUCGAUGUAGGCUUUGGCUAAAUUGUGGUGUAAAUUGCACAGAAACCAAGUAAGAAAAAUAGAACUAUUCUAAGUGUCGGUAUUCGAAAAAAAAAAGAUCGAUGUAAAAAAAUAGUCCUAAAAAAAUCUCUAUGGUAGGUAAUGGUUUAAAAAAAACUGAAAUAAUCCAUUUUUAUGGCCAUAGGGGCCAUAAUAAGAGUUAUGAAUUAAAAUAUAUUAUAUAAGUACUUACAUGAUUAUACGAUUGUUCAAGUAAUAAUGUAUUAAUGUUUAUAACUGUUACAAAUAUAUUUUCGUUGUAAUUAAGAUUAAUUAGGUAGGUACCUAAAUCAAAUAAAUAUUAACUAUGUAAUAUAAUUAAUACGUAGGUCUUUUUAGCAGAGCAAUGUACGGUAUAAUUUUUGGUAACUUAAACUUAUUAUAUAUUUAACUACCACAUGAAUAUAGGUAAUCAUAAUACGUUAGUAGGUUAUAUAAACCCUUAAAAUGUAAUGUUCUAUUUUAUUUAUUUAAGAAGUUAUUGUACGUAUGUAGUCAUAGGUAAGGAGACAAAAAGUGAUGUGGCGUAGCGAAAUAUAAUUUUGUUAAUAGGUUAUUAGGAUACACAAAUAAAGCGGGCAAGAAAAAAUAACAUCUCUAACGGAGAUGCAGCAAUAUAGAAAAAAAAUCAAAUAUUUUUAUUCAAAAUAGGAUAUAAAAUCACUUUUUGAAAGUGAACAACUACCACCCAUUCGAAUUCGAAAUAAAAUUUUAGAUUAGAUAAUAUUAAGUAAAUUAGUACUAAGUUUAAUGUUUAUAAUUUAUAUUAUGUAUAAAAAUGUGUUAUCCUCAUAAUAUAUACAAAAUGCGUAUCUCGUAUAAGUAAACUAAAUGCGAUGCAAGAGAAUUGAUAUUGAAUUAGUUAUGUUAGUCUUAUGGAAAUGUUACUCCAAUACAUAGGUACUUACUCAUAAUAUAAUGUAUGAUGUGUUUACGUAGUCGCUUUUGUUUAAUGGUCCGCCCAUACUGCUGUUAUAAACAUUUAAUCACAAUGUCUGUGAAUGUUAGUAAACAUUUCCAAACAAAAAUUGUUAGUGAACAGAUUGUAAUAAAUAAAACGUUUGUUAUGCCUUGUUUGUACACAUAUCUAUUGUAUCCAUGCGACAGCAGGGUAUUCGAAGAGUCCUGGGCCCGUUCUAGCAUGCUCCGCACAAUAUUUUUAAAUGUUAAAAAUGGUUGUAAACAUUUUACAUCAGCGUAGGAACACUCAAAAAAUCUAAUAAUUCCUAGCAUCUGUUAGCAAGUUUGUAAACAUUUUAUAACAGCAGUAAGGGAUCACUAUAACUGUAGAAGUUGGUGUAAUACCGUAUUUAUAUAUCUAGUAUCUACCUAGAUAUUAGUGCGACAAAAGUUUUGCUUCCUUGAAUGAUUGAGAAAGCCAAACAAUAUUAUACGUACUUUUAUACUUAGAUCUAAAAAUACUUAUUGUUAUAUGAUAUUCUAUGUAGACUUAGAGAAAACACUAAAUGUAGGUAUAAGUAUUAAGGCAACACCAAAUGAGAACCAAAGAUAUUAUUAGAAAUUAAAGUUAUACUAUAGAUAUUACUUAUAUUUAUUUGUAAGAAGAUAUUAACCUACCUAACAUGAACAAGUAUUGUUUGACAUUAAACUUCCAAUAUGGAUGAUACACGCAAAUUGGUAAGGUAGUUGUUGUACAUGUCCACUGUUCGACUAUUAUAUUAUAGGUACAUAUAAUAAUAAUAAUAUUAUGAUGUAGGUACUGUGGUAAAUACGUAUAAAUAGUUACAGUGACUUGCAAGUUGUACAAGCAUCAUAAUUAAUUGUAAUGACUAUAUCGGAACUAUACUAAGGCCAACGAGACUAGAUAAAUAAUGUAAACAAAGUUCAAAACAUUUUUCUUUGAAUAAAUUUUGUACAAAUUAUGGAUUCCCUAUUCUAAUAGCUGUAUUAGACAAGGAUGAUUCGUAGGAAGAGUUCGAAUCGUAACGGUCCGUUUGUUUACAUUCUCUAUCUCGUCUCGUUAGCCUUAGCAUACUACACUAUAACACGUCAUUUAACAAAAUGUGUUAAUGUAUAUUCUCUUCGUAAGUAACGUAUUAGAACUAAGAACAUUUUACAUAAGUAAACAUUAAUAUUGAACUAUUUUAAAUGAUAGUUGAACUGUA